AUGGAUGAAUUUCAGAACUCAGGAUUAAAUAAGUAUAAGCUUGUAUUUUUAGGAGAACAAGCCGUUGGCAAAACAUCCAUAAUUACAAGAUUUAUGUAUGAUACCUUUGAUAAUAAUUAUCAGUCCACCAUUGGCAUUGAUUUUCUGAGUAAAACUUUGUAUUUGGAUGAAGGACCUGUACGACUGCAGCUGUGGGAUACAGCAGGUCAGGAGAGAUUUCGAAGUUUGAUACCAAGUUAUAUUAGAGAUUCAGCUGCAGCUAUUGUUGUGUAUGAUAUUACAAAUAGACAAUCAUUUGAAAAUACAACAAAAUGGAUACAAGAUAUUUUAAAUGAAAGAGGUAAAGAUGUUAUAAUUGCAUUAGUAGGAAAUAAAACAGAUUUAGGUGAUCUUAGAAAAGUAACAUAUGAAGAAGGUAUGCAGAAAGCACAAGAAUAUAAUACCAUGUUUCACGAAACAAGUGCCAAAGCAGGACAUAAUAUAAAAGUUUUAUUUAAAAAAAUUGCAACGAAAUUACCAAAUUUAGAGAAUACCAAUAAUAAUGAAACGAAUGUUGUUGAUAUACAACUGACUAAUAAUUCAUCUACUAAUGAUAAAAGUAUGUUAAGCAAAUGUUUAUGUUAA